AUGCAACAAAGUGACCACAGCAUCCCUCUGAAGGACCCCAGUAUGAUCAGCUGCAAGCUGGCCUGGAAAGCAUAUCCCAAGGAAAUUUUGAACAGUAGAGAAAACGCAUAUUUCAGCACAUGUAUUCAAUUAGAGCAGAAUGAACUUGAUGCCAUGGAGACCCAGCUUGGCACGGGAGCUACUGGCCUGGUGACCAGGAGAGUCUAUACACCAGGCUGCUGGGGUCAGCUUCGAAGUGUCAUUUGGUCGACUCAGAUCUUUGAUGCAAAGAGGAAACCUCCACAGAAGGGCUUUGGGGAAGCUGAGGGUUUGGGACCAGCCUCCAGGGGCAUUGAGCCCACAGCUCAGGCCCAGCAGGAUGCCUUCAACAUCAUCUGUCACUUUAAGACCCUUAGCAACAACAUGGGCCUCAUCACACUGGCCAAUGAUUGUGAGGUGCUCACCACACUCAUCCCUGACACCAGCCCCAUCCUGUCCACAUUGCACAAGGUCCAGCCAAAGGGCAAGAUCACCUUUUGCACAGGCAUCCAAGUGGCCCACCUGGCCCUGAAGCACUGCCAGGGCAAGAAUCACAAGAUAUGUAUUACUGCCUUUGUGGGGAGCGACACUGAGAAGAAUCUGGUGAAACUCGCCAAGCAUCUCAAGGAGGAGAAAGUAAAUGUCGAGAUGAUCAGUUUUGGGGAAGAGGAGGUGAACACAGAGAAGCUGACGGCCUUUGUGAAUACUUUGAAUGGCAAAGAUGCAACAGGCUCGCAUCUGGUCAUGGUUUCCCCAGGGCCCAGCCUGGCUGACGCCCAUAUCAGUUCAUCCAUGUUGGCUGGUGAAGGCGGUGUCAUGCUGGGUCUUGAUGCCAGUGACUUUGAAUUUGGAGUAGAUCCCAGCAUAGAUCCAGAGCUAACCCUGGCCCUUCGCGUUUCCAUGGAAGAGCAAUGGCAGUGGCAGGAGAAGGAGGCACAGCAGGCAGCUGCAUCCUCGGCAGUGGAGACUGGGAUUCCUACAUUCGGGGCAGAAGACUCUGAUGAUGCACUACUGAAGAUGACCAACAGCCAGCAGGAGUUUGGCCGUGCUGGCCUCUCUGACAUGGGCAACAUGUCUGAGGAGGAACAAAUUGCUUAUGUCAUGCAGAUGUCGCUACGGGGUCCAGAGUUUGGUCAGGCCAAGUCAGCUGACAUGGAAGCCAGUUUAGCCAUCGACACAUCUGAGCCAGCCAAGGAGGAUGAUGAUUAUGACGUGAUGCAGGACCCAGAAUUCCUUCAAUGUGUCCUGGAGAACCUGCCUGGUGUGGACCUCAACAAUGAGGCCAUUCGAAAUGUCAUGGGCUCCCUGGUCUUGCAAACACCCCAGGUCACCAAGGACAAGAAGGAUGAGGAGGAGGACAAGAAGUGA